AUGUUCAAAGCUGCUCUAAUUAUGGAUUCACAUUUUGAUAAGUGUAAAAAAUUAAUUGGAAUUCAAGAUUUCAAAAUGUUGAAAUUAACAUAUUCAUUAACAGAAUUUCAAAGCCUUAAAAAACUAAUUUUACAAGGAAUCAAGUUUGACAAAGAUAAUCUUGCAAAUAUUGCACCAAACUUAGAGAUUUUAUCAAUAAAGAAUUCUUUUGGAAAUCUUUUUGAAGAAGGCAAAAAUAAAUUACAUAAUCUUCAAAGACUGAAAUUAGAAAAUAAUGAAAUAGAAUUAAAUAGAAUUGUGCUAAAGGCAAAGUGUGAAUCAUUAAAAUUUUUUAAAAUAAAAGAGAGAGAAUUAAGUAAUGAAGUAAAAGAGGAAUUUAUUUUGUUGCUUAGUCAAAAUUAUCCAAAUAUAACUACUUUAUGGUAUAUAACAGACAAUCUUAUAUUCUCUUCUACACUUAAAAUAUUUAAAAAACUUUAUCAACUACAAAUAGAAGGAUUUGCUUAUUAUGAUCUGCCUUAUAGUAAUCAGGAUUAUUUUCAAGCUUUAGUUAAAUAUUUGCCUAACUCUUUAAAAAUUCUUAACUUACUUAAUAUUGAUGAUUACAGCCAUGAAAACUUGAAUUGUUUUUUACAAGAUUUUGAUAUAGAAAGAGUAAAGUUAGAGGUUCUUAUAUUACUGUUUAAUAUUGAGCUUGAUUUACUUCCAAAUUUAAAAGAAUUUGUUGAAAAAGCUAAACAUCUAAGGUAUAUAGAAAUAUUUCGAUCAGAAAAUUACAAUACAAAAAAACAAAAAGACAGUGAGAGAGAAAUAAUUGAUAUUUGUCGUGUUAGAAAUGUAAAAUAUAUAUUAAAUUAUCAAUUUGAGAUAUAUAAAGAUUAUUUUGAUACUUAUGAGAUAGAUCAGUUCUUUCAAAAAAAAUUUUUUAAUAUGCUAAAAAAAGCUAAUUGCAAAAAAAUACUCGACUGUUUUUCAAUUGCUGAUGCGAUUAUGAACAUAACUAAAGAAGCAAAGAAACCCCUGAAUUUUCAUCCCAAAGUUACUGUUAUCUUACCGACAAAUGUGUCUGGGAAAGCAAGAACAGAUAGUGCUAAUUACGUGGCAAAAAAACGUAAAGUGUUUGAUCAACUUGGUAUUCCUAUGCAUUUAAUAAAAAUUUCACCACAAUAUAAUGAAUCUCGAAUUAAAGAACUCAUUAAAGAUCAAAGUAAUGAUUCUAGCAAUACUGGUAUCAUGUUACAAUUGCUAUUUCCAUCUGGUUUUUCAGUUAAUAAAAGUAAUAUUUUAAACACGAUACCUAUCCAUAAAGACAUUGAUGGAUUAACUAUAGAUUCUGUGGGUAAUUUGUUUGAUUUGAAUAAAGACAUAAAACCUGCUACUCCACUUGGUAUUUGUAGUAUUUUCGAUUAUUAUAAUAUUCCAACUGAAGGUAAACACAUUGUAAUUAUGGGAAAGGGUCAACUUGUAGGACAACCGCUUGCUUGUAUGUUAAUGAGUCCACCAUAUAACGCUACAGUAACAAUUUGUGAUAUAUACACGGAAAACAUAAAAACAAUUACUAAGAGUGCAGAUAUUUUAAUUGUUGCCAUUGGUAAAGCGCUUCAUGUUAAUGAUGAAUUUGUUAAACCAGGUGUUAUUGUAAUUGAUGUCGGAAUUAAUAGAUUACCUCAAAAUGUUAAUGGAAAUAUAAAUAUUGUAGAUGAUGUUGACCAUUCAGUAUAUGAAAUAUGUAAAUAUUAUACUCCAGUACCGACAGGAGUUGGCUUACUUAUAGUUGCGUUUCUAGCUUUCAAUACCAUCAAUACAAGCAUUUUGCAACACAGAUUACCGCCUUUGAACCUAUCGCAAAUAAUAAGACAAAACUAUUCGGUUGAAAAAAUUAAGGUAGAUAAAAAAGAAUAUAAGAAAAAGUUAAACCUUUUAUUACUCUCUUCCGCUUAUAAUGGUUUGACUCAACGAAUAAAUAGAGAACUGCUUCGUCUUGAGCAUACAGUAACGUUCCAAACUGCCAAUUCAGAUGACACGAUGUGCACUGCUUUUGUGAAAUAUAAACCCGAUCUGAUUAUUUGUCCAAUGCUUAUAAAAGCCAUACUUGAAGAUAUUUAUACUAAAGUAAAGUGCCUUAUUGUUCAUCCUGGAAUUAAGGGUGACAGAGGACCUUCAUCAUUAGAUUGGGCUAUUAUUGAUAAAAAAGAUGAGUGGGGUGUCACUGUUCUAGAGACUGAUGAGGAAAUGGAUGCAGGUGCCAUUUGGGCAAGCGAAAAUUUCUUAGUUCCAAAAUUUAUUACUAAAACACAUUUAUAUAAUUCUUGUGUUAUUAAUACGGCUUCCAAAUUAGGUCAGCUUUAUGAAACUAUUAAGAAAACACAUUCUAUUAGACAAAUAAACUGGGAAACGGAUACUACAGAAAUUAUUUUAAGAAAAAUAUGUGCGGCUGAUAGUCAGCCUGGAGUUAAGGCUGAGAUUGAUCUUAAUGAACAUAAAAUCACUAGACUAUUGUAUGGUGCCCACAAUGAAAAAAAAAUUAAUAAAGAUUUGACAGUUUAUCCUGGAAAGAUUCUUGCAAAGCGGGAUGAUGCUAUUUGUAUUGCCACAAAAGAUAGUGCACUUUGGGUCUCUCAACUGCAUUCAUUAAAGUCCAAAAUAAAUCUUUACCCAUUUAAGCUGCCAGCUAUUAUACAACUAGGCGAACUCUCCAAUAAUAUUCCUGAGAUCAAUAAUAAACAGAUUCUUACAAUACCAACAGCUGACAACUUUCAAGAAAUAAGUUUUGAGUUAUUCGGUUCUUAUGGAAUUUUGCAUUUUGAUUUUUAUAAUGGGGCUAUGAGUACCUCACAAUGUAAAAGGCUUCUAAAAGCCAUUAAACAAUGCCAAAAAAUGCCUAUUAAAGGAUUAAUCCUUGCAGGUAGUGCAAAUAAUUGGUCGAACGGUAUUAAUCUGAACGUUAUUCAACAUGCAAUUAAUCCAAGCAUAGAGGGAUGGAAGAAUAUUAAAGCAAUUAAUGAAGUAGUUAAGGAAAUUAUUAAAAUAACAAAUAUCAUAACAGUAGCAGCAGUACAAGCUAAUGCUGGUGCAGGUGGCGUUUAUUUGGCGCUUGCGACUAAUUUUUUAUUCGUUAAGCAAGGAAUAGUUUUAAAUCCUCAUUAUAAGAAUAUGAGUUUAUAUGGCUCAGAAUUACAUACUUACACAGCACCUAAACGAAUAGGCACAUAUAUAUUAAACCAACUUAAAGAUAAUGCCAAUCCAAUUCUUGAUAUUAAAGCAAUUGAAAUUGGCUUAUUUGAUAGCAUUGCGCAGCAAGUACAAAUGAAUCCCGGACAAAGUUUUUUAGAUAACGUUAAAGGAUUCAUAAAAGCUUUCAUUUCUGACACUGCAAAAUUUAUGAAAUUUAUUAAAAAUAAACAAGAUAUUCGUAUGCAAGAUGAAUCAGAAAAGUCAUUAGAUGAAUAUGAAAAGGAUGAAUUAGAAGAGAUGCAAAAGGACUUGUUUGAAAAUCGUAACAACUUUCAUGAAAAAAGAUAG